AUGAACGCGAUUCAAUCACGACCAUACACACCCCAUAUUGCUACGGCCUGCUCGAGAUGCCAGGCCCACGUUGAAUUUCCCGUACCGUCACCUGCACCGCGUCCAAGCACUGUUCUGAGCGUGCGCUGUUGUGCAUGCAGUGGCGUCUUUACGCAUACGUUCUAUCCGUCACAACUACCUAACCUCGGCCCGGUGCCAUCCUCCUCGUCAAGUGUUAACGGCGCGUCAUCGUCGCAGACUCAAGGUGGCCGCCGAGGGAGGAAGAUUGGAACGCAGGAGAAGCCACUCGAGACGGGCUAUUAUGACAUUCUGGGCGUGUCUGUCGAUGCGACAACAGACGACAUCAAGAAGGCGUAUCGCCGGCUGGCAAUCAAGCACCAUCCAGACAAGAAUCGAGAUGACCCUCAUGCCGAGGAGCGGUUCAAAGAGAUUGCAAUUGCGUAUCAGACGCUGUCCGACCCAGAGCUGCGCAAAAAGUACAACGAGUUCGGUCCAAAGGACAGCGCGCCUGAGGGCGGCUUCGUCGACCCCGAGGAGCUCUUCGGCUCGAUAUUCGGAGGAGAACGCUUCCUGCCCAUUAUCGGACAGAUUAGUCUCGCACGAGACAUGAAGGCGGCGAUGCAGGAGGCGGAGGAAGAUGACGAGGACAUGCCGCGCGACGCGAAGGGACGCCAGAUCCUGAGCCCGGAAGAGAAAACGCGCCGGGAGGAGAAGGCGCGCAAGGUGGCUGCUGAGAAAGCGGCGGUGCGCGCGGAGCGGGUCAAGAAGCUAUCAGAGAAUCUGGAGCGCAAGCUCGGGAUCUUCACCGAAUCGGCGACAGGCCCGAACGACGUGCAGGUCACGGAGAGCUUCCGGACGAUAUGUCAGCUCGAGGCGGACGAGCUGAAGAAGGAGCCAUAUGGCGUGGAGCUUCUGCACGCGGUCGGCUUUGUAUAUGUCUCUCGGGCGAAACAGUUCCUUGCGAGCAAUCAGACCCUGUUCGGCGUUGGAGGUUGGUUGCAUAACGUGCAGGGUAAAUACCACGUCUUCAGCGAAACCGUUUCAACCGUCCGCGCGGCCAUGGAUCUCAAGAAUGUGUUUGAGCAGAUCCAAGCAGCGGAGAAGGCCGGGAACCUCAGUCCGGAGGACAAGAAGCGGCUGGAGGACCAGGCCGCCGAGAAGGUGCUGCAAACACUCUUCAAGGGCACGAAGCUGGAAAUCGAGUCUGUCCUGCGCGAGACGUGCGACCGCAUACUGGAAGAGUCGUCACUGGCGCGGAACAAGGCGCAGCUUGCCGCAAUUGCGCUGCAGAUCCUCGGCGAGGCGUACAUGGCAGUGAAGAAAGACGACGAGCCGCGGGACGAGAGCGAGUACGUCCGGAUCGAGACGAAGGAAAGCCGGCAGCGGGAGUCAGAGCGGGGAAAACCUAUAUGA